GGUGGUCGGCGGUCGGCGGUCGGCGGUCGGCGGUGUUCGGAACAGUCCUCAGCGACCUUGGAGCCACAGACAUGCCAUCGUUGCGAUUCCUAUCACUGUAGAAGAUAAUGAUAAGAUGGGUCACAAAUUGACAACUCGAGAGGAGUGUCAUACACUAAAAGAGUCAGACAGCAACCAUGACGAAACCAGCUACCAGUACCAACAAAACUGCAGAUUCCACCCCGAAGAAACGAGGAGGCGGCUGCCCCUUCCAAUCUAAGCGCGGAUAUGUGGAUGCUCGACGCGACUACUUGAACCAUUUCCAUAAAACUACCAACGACUACGACGAUGAAGAAGAAAACCCGAGGGAUCUUCCCACCGAAUCCUUGGUAGCCAGCACCAACCUUGACGAUCCUCUCUAUUUCUGGCAGCUCCAUUCCAUUAUGGGUCCCAAACCAGUGGUGGAUAUUGUGACCAAUUUUUACAACCGCGUCUUUGAAGACACGGAGAAUCCCUGGUUUCGAGACGUCUUUGAGCGGGUGGCGCCCAAAUAUCAUCACAUCCGAACCCAGGUUGCCUACUGGGUCGAUGCCUUUGGUGGAGGCAAAAUCUACCAUGGUGGAAACUUCCGUUUGACCUUUCAUCAUUUGAACAAUGCAAACAAAAUCAUGAAUGCCCAGGGCGCCAAACGAUGGAUGUUCCACAUGCGCAGCGCUUUGCUACAUGGCCAGAAACAGCACCGAAUAUUCCAGGACGAUCCCAGGGUCUUUCCGUGCAUUGUGCUAUUUUUGGAGGUCAAAAUGCAAAUGUAUGCCAAGGAACAUCGAUGGAGGUUUGACGCAAGUGAUUUUGAACCUUUGAAACAAGUACAUGCCAAAGAAAGCAAAGAGACCACUCAGCAGAAACAGGCUAAAGAUGCAGACUCUCAGGAGGGGUUGAAAAAGCGUGAAAGCAAAAACAAAACGAACAAUCAGCAAACGGAUGAAGAGAGUGAAACGGAAGAGACUGAAAGUGACAGCAAGAGUUUGUGGGUUUAGCAAUGGUGAAAAGGUUCGGACCAAGGAAGAAUCGUUGCUGUUCGACGGCGCAAGAACCCUAUUGAAAUGUGCAAAUAAAGAGGUCACAUUGGAGGAAAGACGGAGGAUCUAUAUGUAACUGUAGUGUGCUGAGAGGUGGAGCUCCAAGUCGACAGUUCACUUGUGGUAAGGGUCGAGAAGUACUAAUAGCUGUGUUUAGCAAACAAUGUACUGGCAAUGGAUUUCAGAAGCAACGAUCUGCAAGUCCUCGUGGUUGUUCCCAAAAACAUCUCAUGUAGGAGUUUGACCUCCUCGGUGGCUCACAAUCUUCAGCAAAGGGGAUGGGGUACUGUACAAAACCACGAUAGUGCCCAUGUUAUCCGGCUGCUGUGAUGCCAGACGACGACGAAGUAAGCGAAGCACUUUGGCUAAGGAUUCAAGUUUUAGCUAGCUAGGUUACUUUCCCAAUGCUUGUAGUUUGUUGACUUUCUUUUGUAGGGAUUCAGGCCAGUUCAUCGUUUCAGUCAGAAACUUUUCAUUGCGAA